AUGGAGGAACUUUUGGCCCACCAGAAAUUCAAGACUCUCACACCAGACCAGGUUGCCAGCUUCAUGAAGCACGGCUUCUUGCGGAUCCCCGGCGCGAUCCCGUCCGACAAGUGCGACUGGUGGGCGCGCGACGUAUGGACACGCCUCGGUGUUGACCCCAACGACAAGGCAACCUGGGGCGACAAGGAUCGCGUACACAUGGCCAAGCACAACUAUAUUGCCGCUGACGAGAUCGCUCCCACGGCCUGGGCCGGUAUAUGCGAGCUUUUAGGCGGCGAAGACCGCAUUGCGGAAGAGGGAAAAUAUUGGGUCGACAGCUUCAUCGUCAAUUUGGGGACUGAGGCCGGCGAGGGGAAACCAUUUGAGCCACGGGAACUAAAUAACUGGCAUGUGGACGGGGACUUCUAUCAGCAUUUCCUGGAUUCACCGGAGCAGGCGUUGCUGGUGAUCCCGUGCUGGAGUGAUGUCGUUGAAGGUGGCGGCGCAACCGUGAUUUGCACCGAGGGCCCGAAGCGGAUUGGGCAGUUGCUAUUCGACAACCCCCAAGGCCUCAAUCCGGCCAUGCAGUCCCGUGAUACCCCUGCUGUCAAGUCGUCGUACCUCGGCGAGCAGAGCCCAUACAAGAAGGCCGUCCGCCAGUCUGCCGACGACAGCUUCUUUGAGAUGACGGGCAAUAAGGGCGAUGUCAUCCUGAUGCACCCCUUGACCCUGCACAGCGCGAGCAACAAUGCCAAGCGCGCGAUCCGCAUCAUCACCAAUCCUCCCGUCUCCCUCCGUGAACCAUUCCAGUUUGACCGCGAGGACCCGACCCAGUACAGCCUCGUCGAGCUCAAGACGAUGCAGGACCUCGGGGGGCCCGCGAAGCUCAAGGGCUGGAAGAUUACGGGCCCUCGGGAGUUCGUUGUGCCCGACCGCCUCAAACUGCAGAACGAGCAGCUCAAGCACGAGAACGCGCGCCUCGAAGCCCUGGGCCGCCAGACUGCAGCAAUGAGCCAGAUGCCGAGGAUGAUGCUCGGUGAGCAGCGGCCGCAGCAGAACGCUGCUGUUGUUGGUUAG